AUGCCCUUCUCGCCGAGGAAGGCUUCGUCGUUUACCUCGAGAUUCCACGCGACGACGAGCAGGAAGAACCCUACGUAUUAUCACGAAGAAGAAGACAAACGACGAAGAAAUGAUGAAAACGAAGAUGCGAAUAAAAGAGAAAUACCGAACGAAUCGACGCGCCUCUUCUCCGUGGAAUCGGACUUGAAACUCGCCAAAAUGACGCGCGCUCAAGGCAGUUGGUCGCCGUUGAGAGCGUUUUUGUCCAUUUUAUCCAUAGCCGUAGUCGCGAUGAUUUGUAUUUAUGUCGGAUACGCGGAGGAUGUGUACGAUUCGGAGAAGGUUUUAUCGACCGAGGCGAAAGAAGCGGCGGAGGCGCUGUACACGAGAGAGAAGUUUUUGUUCUUCGGGAAAGAAGAUGGAAGGUUAGGGAAUCGAAAUUUUCAGAGAUGGGAGUUACCGAAGAAGCUUUGGUAA